GAUGAGCGUCACGACACGGUGUCGGACACCAGCAACACCUUUAGCGCGCAGCAGGACUCCUGCCCAGGAGGCCCCUGACAGGAGCUCGUGGAUGGCAGUGCCAGCCUGGCACCAUAAUUGCCACUGCCCCCGCAAUCACCGGUGCAUGCAGUGUUGUGUUGAGCGUUGAGGACAUUGAAAAAGUGUACUUUAUCGCGAAGGUGCCUUCGAGUUGCACGUACUUACUAUAUAAACACGGUCUUAGUGCUUGAGUUACCCGCAAAAGCCGCCGGCAUUCGGUCGUGUGGCUAACUGCAGUCUAUAGUACGGCUGCCUAAAUCGAUUCGACUGCGUGAACAAUCACGUGACAAUAUUGAAGACGAUGCACACGUGACCAGGACACACCACAUUUUGAGAAUUCGAUGGCGCAAUGAUUAUCCAGCUCAUAAAGAUUAUGAUGGUACGGUGAAGACGAGCAGGAUGCAUUCAUUUUCCAAUUAGCGUCCUCUCAAGCAAAACACUUCGUCCUCUAGUUCCUCCCAACCCAAGCAAUCGUCCGAAAUGAGCACCGUUGCUAAACCCACCAACCGCAUGACCUACCGAUUCCUGGGCAGCACCGGGCUGCUGGUGUCCAAGCUGUCCCUCGGUAGCUACGUCACGUUCGACACGCAACUCGAUUUUGAAAAGUCUUACGCUCUCAUGGAGACUGCUUUCAAGCACGGCGUGAAUUUCUUCGACAGUGCUGAAGCGUACGCGGACGGUCAGUCGGAAGUUUUCAUGGGCAAGAUCAUCAAAACCGGUAUCGAACGCAAUCUUUGGAACCGCGAGGACCUCGUGAUCAGUACCAAGAUCUUCUUCAGCGCUAAAAACUUUGCUGGUCUAGCGGGGCCGAACGACCAGGGCCUCAGUCGCAAGCACAUCAUCGAAGGCACGAAGGCUUCGCUCAAACGCUUCGAUUUGGACUACGUGGACCUGAUCUUCUGCCACCGCCAGGAUCCAUACACACCCAUGGAGGAGACGGUUCGCGCGAUGAACUAUGUAAUUCAGCAAGGCUGGGCAUUGUACUGGGGGACCAGUGAAUGGAACGCGGACGAAAUUGUUGAGGCCUGUGAGGUGGCUGACCGCCUUGGCCUGAUCCGACCGGCGUUUGACCAAACCCGCUACAACAUUCUCGAUCGCAACCGUGUUGACUACAAUUUUGUCGACCUGUACAAGAAAUACAAAUACGGAGUGGCUGCGUUCUACCCUCUGGCUGGUGGUGUGCUUACUGGCAAGUAUAGCAAGGGAAUCCCGGAAGGCUCGCGCAUGUCCGUUCCAGCGUUCACGAAUAUGCUGUCGAAUGGACUGGAAGAGAAAACUACGAAAUCUCUGCAGCUUGCAGAAGUUGCGAAGGAGAUCGGCUGCUCGCUGCCUCAGCUUGCUAUUGCCUGGAGCGUCGCUAAUGAGAAUGUGUCGACAUGUCUGAUGGGUGCGUCGAAGAUUGAGCAGCUCGAAGAGAACCUGAAGUCGCUGGAGUUUGUUGACAAGAUCACGCCCGAGAUUCGCGCGAAGAUUGAUGCCAUCGCUGACUUUAAGCCGGCUUUGCCUACGAUCCAACCGCUCGUGCAUCAGCUCCGUCAAAGAUGGCUCUAAACGAGUGCUCCCUUGCUAUGAGUUUGAGGAUUGAUGCAGCCAAGCAAAUUGAAAACUGUAGUCGGCACCUGCAGCAUUAACCGAAAUAAAGAUUUAAUCACACCGACUACCAAAACUAUUUAAACUUCUCUUACCGAAAUGUACCAGAGAUGACUGUACAACGUACAAUACCCAU